AUGGGAGGCAAAAGACCAUGGACAUUUGACUCAAAGGACCGCAUCCUGCUGGUGGGAGAGGGAGACUUCUCCUUUGCGGCCUCGCUCGCCAGACUGCACCCCGGUGUCGGCAUCGUUGCUUCCACGGUCUCGACCGCGAUUGACAGCCUGGAGGCGGUGCAGAAUGUCGAGGCCAUCAAGAGCCAAGGAGGUGCCGUGCUGUGCGGCUUGGACGGGAAGAAGCUUCACAAGUGCCCGUUCCUGCAGGAAAGGCCACGUUUCACUGCAAUCGUUUUCAACUUCCCUCACUCCGGAGGAAAGAUGCGAAUGGACCGGAAUCGGCACCUCCUGCGCCGCUUCCUCGCGAGCGCGAAGCGAAUCCUCGAUCCGGGAGGGAGGAUCCUCGUGACCCUUUGCGGCGGGCAGGCCGGGGUCCCGGUCGACGUUCCGUCGAGGGAAUACGGGAACACCUGGCAGCUCCCCACGCAGGUUGCAACGUGCGGCUUGAGGAUCACGAACGUCCACCCGUUCGACGGAGACGCUUUCCCCGGCUAUCGUCGAACGGGGUACCGAAGCCUCGACAAAGGGUUUCACUCGUACGCCGCUCUCACCUUCGAGAUCGGAGCGCAAGAUGAGCCCGACUUCGUUCGUCGGCUGUGGCGGGAGACGAGAAACGUCCGAGCCCUCUUCUCGACGACCGACUCCCCGAUGGCCGGUCUCGUCUCUCGUCUGCGUGACUCGGCACCCGAUCUUCGCUGGCAGUGUGAAGAUACUCUGCUGACUGAAUUUGACCAGGCAAGAUGCACCAGUCUGUGCGAAGACUCCGUGCUCCUUUUCGCCAUCAGAACGAAAAGUGGAUCUGUCCCAAUCAAGCAUUACCUGGCUGCAUCCUCAAAAACUUUCCUCGGGCACUUCAGUAUAUUCCUAAACGAGUCUAAAACGAUCGACGACUGCAUCCUGCUCGACAUGAAUGCGGCCGCCAAGCUCCACUUCCGUCUGGAAGACGAACGGCAGCUGUGGUUCUCCCACGUCUCCCCGUCGAACUGCAUCUCGUUCCAUCACCUGUUUCCCCCCAAAUUCACCUACGACAUCAGCUUCUGGACCGACGGCGGUCACGAACCGGCGAUGCAAUCCUUCUCCCGACUGACGGCCGACCACUGGGACCUGAUCCGCAGCUGGCGGGUCCUCGACCGCUACGCAUCCCCGGAGGGAAGGUCGAGCACGACGAUCCGCAUCGCCUACGACAGCCCCCACCUCCCGCUCUCGGACUGGCUGGUCAAGUUUUUCCAUCUGAAGGUGCUCAAGGCAAAGUUGGAAAGGGUGAAAGGUAUCACUAUU